AUGGCACCACCGAGAUAUUUUAUUCCCUCAUACUUGCGUGAUAGUCCAAUUUCCCUGCUAAAUAAAAGAUUAACAACUUCUAUAUUACUACCUACCUGUUGGAAUCCUCAUGAUAGAGCUCCUUAUGUUUCUGUUUUGGAAGAUGGCGUUAGUCUUGAAUAUAUUGGUACACAAGAAUAUAGGCCAGGAAGGAAUUGGAUAGAUGCAUCAUCGAUCCGAACAGAUUUUCCUGUUUGUCCAGAAGUUGGAUUAUAUUAUUUUGAGAUCAAAGUAAUUGAUAAGGGAGAACGUGGAUGUAUUGGAAUAGGCCUUACCAAAGGACAUAUUCCUCUUGACCGGAUGCCAGGAUGGGAGCACGAAUCAAUAGGAUAUCACGGAGAUGAUGGGCUGCUUUACCUACAAAGUGGUCGUGGUGACAAGUAUGGUCCUUUAUAUACAACCGGGGAUACUGUUGGCUGUGGAAUAAAUUACUAUGAUAAAAGUAUAUUUUUUACAAAAAAUGGUGUGAAUUUAGGUAUUAUCAUCUUUCCAAGAGAAAAUUUUAAUUGUUGUAUAGCAUCAAAAGCCAUAUUUGAAGGAGAAAUGUAUCCAAUAAGCGGAAUGAUAAGUCCUAAUGAACGUAUUGAAGCUAAUUUUGGUGAAAAACCUUUUCAAUAUGAUAUAAAUACUUAUGCAAAGCAUGUUUUUGCACAAGCUGCAGCUAAUAAGACUAAAGAAGCGAAAGCAAAGUUAAGUAUGCAAACUUCUGAAGUUAUAGAGACAGAGAAUGGUGAACAUGUUGAAGAUAAUGGACAAACUAUAAAUUCCGAACAAUCUGAUGGUACUGGCCAAAGUUGA